GUGAAGAUUUUUUUUAACCAAAAUACGAUAGAGUUAAUAGCUUCUGGAUAUGUCAAGUUAAGGAUCUUUUAAUUUUAUCAAACGAGUAUUCCAAUUAAGUUACAAAUUACUUUGUUUAAACAUUUUCGUGCAGAGAGACAUCUUUACAAUUCUCACAAUUUUCUCCACUUUUACUUCGAAUAGACACUAUAAAAACAGGGCACGCGUUUUAUUAACCUGGGGGAUUUUCUGUAAACAGGAAUAAUUAUAAUGAGAAUGACAACAAUUUUGCAGUUGAAAUAAACAGUAUGUAAAAAAUCAUCAGAGGAUUUAUCAUUGAUUUAAGUUUUGUUUAAGGAAAGCAUCAUUGGGGAACAAAAUGGAAAAAAUGCUAAGCAUACCAAACAUUGUCCGAAGUAAUAGUUUUGCGCCAGUAGCUGAGCCUUCCUCUGCGUUUAUGAAUUGGUCACCAGUAACACCUCAAUACGAUCCUGGCUGUUUACCACUAAAUGCUUCCAGAAUACAACCCGAGGCCGCACGAAAACCGUAUUCAUUCAUGGAUAUAAUGGACAGUGGUUCCCCAGUCACAUCAGUUUUCAUGGGUCUGAUGCAGCGAAGAAAACGACGUGAAAGUCGACCGAGGCGACAAAGAACAACAUUCACAAGUGAACAGACAUUAAAACUUGAAAUCGAAUACAAUAGGACUGAAUAUAUUUCCAGACCUCGGAGAUAUGAAGUCGCGAAACUGCUAAACUUGUCAGAGAAUCAAAUCAAAAUAUGGUUCCAAAAUCGGAGAGCAAAAGAAAAAAGAAUAGAAAAAGCCCACAUAGAUCAACAAAUACGGAAUUCCACUAUACCCAAUACGAAAGAGACGCAAUCAAACAACAUGUAUUCACUGUAUAAUCCAUAUAUGUGGUCAUAUACAGCGGCAGCAUUUAACAGAAUUCUCACAGAUGAACAACACAAAGUGUGAUCGAAGACACUAAAGGGAAGACAACUUGUCAACAAUGAUUUUUUUUUGACAACCAAAUAAGUUUUAUUUUUGUUUCUUAUCAUUUUUAUUAUUGUUUACCGCUUUAACAUGCGAUCACAUGGGAAAUGAAAACUUUUAAGUACUAACUUUGGGGAAAAGUAAAGAAGCUAUUUUCUUUUGAGUGAAGUUAUUGGUGUCCUAGAAGAUCAAAGGCGAUGGCAGACUUGUAGAAUUGCUAUGCAUUACCGUUUUUAUAUUGUUUUAACUUAACAUUUAAGAUUAAACACACAAUGAACCACUUUCCCCAAAGUCAUUACUUUCUGAAUUCAUUAGUGAGGAUAACAUAUCUGA